UCUUCUAUUUUGAAAGAUGAAUUAUUGUUUAUUGAUGUUGGUGAUUUGUUAGCUACACUCUUUGUUAUUGAUUGUAAAUGAUGAUGAAAUAUCUAAAAUUGUAAUUUUAAAUAGUAGUUACUAGUUAUUAAUACGCCAAGAUGGAAAAUAAUGGAGGAAAUAGGCCGGACUCUCAAGUAAAUUUGACUAUGAACAGGUCUAUAAGAAUUUUACACUUUAGUGAUGGAGUAGAGGAAGAAAUAGAAGAAGAAAAGGUGAAUGAGCUUCAAAGUGUUAAUAAGACCGAUGCAAAUGUAGAUCCAAAAUCACUAACUUGGGGACCUUGGUUAUCAUAUCAGGCAACAAAAUCAGGAUCAAAGGUUCUAAAUGCAGUGGAUUAUGCAGGGGAAUCAUUGGCUAACUUCUUUGGCAUAACAACACCUAAAUAUCAAAUAGAAAUAAAUGAAUAUGAAAGAUUACAAGAAGAGAAAAAGAAGAUAGAAGAUGAAUCGGCCGGCUGGGUGCCAAAGAAUGGAGGAGGAAAUAUACCUCUAGUACUGAAUGAACCAUUAAAAGUUGUAGGAAACCAUGGUAAUAUGGUUUAAAGAAUUGAAAACUUAAUUUAAAAAAUUAUAAUGUCUAGUGAUCAGCUUUUUAUUGAUGUAACUCUUAACUCUCUCACACUAUUGUUAUUAAAAUGAUUAAAUCUCAA